GAGGGUUGGCGCGUGCGCCAAAUGCAGCCCGAGGCCAAGUACACGGUACCCGAGGCCAAGUGCGCCCUCGCGAAGGUCAUCAAGGAGCUCGCCGCGAAGCAGGAUGAGCUCAACGCGCUCGCUGCCCAGUCAGACACCACCGAAGCGGACGAGCGGGCGCAGGCGUGACCUACUCCAAAACGCCUGCGGGCGGACCCUCACAGCUCACAGCUCAAGAGCGAACCUUGACGCUCAUGGUGCUCGUAACUCACGCAGGAGCUGAUGCCGGAGAUCACGAAGAUUCUCGGCGGCUUCUUCAAGGAGGAGGGCUUCCCGGAGGGGCCGAUGGGCGCGAUGAUGGGCUUCAUGGCGCUGCAGGGUGCUGUCGCGCAGGAGCAGGCGGACGGCGGGAGCGACCUGCGCGACGUUCAGAUGCUUAAUACGGGCUCAUACUAGCACGUAGACUCGGACUGUACAAAGCGCAAGCUCCCGAAGACGCCCGCGUACUCCUGACACUCGUAGGGCCGACGCGGUGCAGAUGCUCAAGGGCGCGAUGAUGCAGACCGACGUGCCGACCAGGGAC